AUGGAGAAACAACAAGAAGCUCUCGUCGGUCCCAUCCCGGACAAGCAGGACCUUGAUCUCGAGACAGGCUCAACCGAUAUCAAUUCACAAGCUCCCCAGUCCACGGACCCCAACGUCGUGGACUGGGACGGUCCAGAUGAUCCGGAAAAUCCAAUGAAUUGGCCGCCGAGGAAGAAAAACACCAUCGUGGCGCUCAUUUCCAUGAUCACUUUCAUCACACCUCUCGCAUCUUCCGUCUUUGCGCCCGCUAUUAACCAGGUUAUGACCGAAUUCAAGUCCACAGACGAGCAACUAGCCUCAUUCAUCGUCUCGGUGUAUCUGCUGGGAUUCUGUUUUGGUCCCCUGGUCCUCGCUCCUCUGUCGGAGAUGUACGGGCGGUUGUGGAUUUACCACAUCUGCAACGUGCUGUUCAUCAUCUUCAACGUCGCUUGUGCCUUGGCCCCGAACUUGGCAGGCUUGAUCAUCUUCCGUUUCCUUGCUGGGAUAUUUGGGUGCUGCCCUCUGACCCUGGGUGCUGGCUCCAUUGCAGAUAUCAUCCCUCAGGAGAAACGAGGUACCGCAAUGGCUUUCUGGGCCAUGGGUCCCAUCAUUGGUCCUAUUGUUGGCCCUAUCGCCGGAGGAUACUUGACGCAAGCCAAGGACUGGCGAUGGACGUUCUGGGUUGUCGCAAUGCUGUCUGGCGUCAUCACUCUCAUCGGGAUUGCUUUCAUGCGAGAGACUUACGCCUACACCAUCCUUGAGAAGAAGACGAAGAAGCUUCGCCAAGAGACAGGAAACGAGAAGCUGCGCUCAGCUGCAGACACCGGCGUGACGGCCCAAGAGCUCUUCAAAACCUCCAUUAUUCGCCCCACCAAGAUGCUCCUAUUCUCGCCCAUUAUCCUCCUCCUCUCUCUGUACAUGGCCAUUAUCUACGGUUAUCUGUACCUCUUGUUCACCGCCUUGCCGACACUCUAUGCAAAACAGUACGGGUUUUCUACAGGAUCGAUCGGCCUCACGUACAUCGGUAGCGGAGUAGGUUCCAUCCUGGGCCUGGCCCUUUCUGGUGGUCUUUCAGAUCGUCUCAUGAGGCGAUUGACGGCAAGGAAUGGAGGGGAGCCAAAGCCCGAAUACCGACUCCCUACAAUGAUCAUCGCAUCUUUCUUUGUCCCUCUGGGCCUCUUCGUCUACGGCUGGACUGCUGAGAAAAACCUGCACUGGAUUCUCCCCAUUGUCGGGAUGGGAUUCCUCGGAUUCGGAAUGAUGUGCGCAUUUAUGGGUAUCUCUGUCUACAUUGUAGAUGCCUACACUCGCUACGCAGCAUCAGCCAUGUCUGCCACCACCGUUCUCCGAUCACUGGUUGGAGCACUUCUUCCCCUGGUUGGCGGACGAAUGUACAACUCUCUAGGCUACGGAUGGGGUACCUCCCUGCUGGCAUUCAUUGCUGUAGCCAUGAUUCCCGUUCCCGUGAUCUUCCUCAUGUAUGGUGAGAAGAUUCGACAGAAGACGUUUUUCAACGUCCAGAUUUACUAA